AUGCCCGUCUACUCAUUCUACAUAUUCGACAGGCACACCGAAUGCAUCUAUGCCAGGUCAUGGGCGCCCACCGAAGCUGCUGCCGGCUCGCGGCCCAACUCUCGCGUUCCAGUCAUCGCUACGAGUGACGAUGCCAAGCUAAUCUUCGGCACCGUCUUCUCCCUGCGCAACAUGGUCCGUAAGCUUGGCGGCGACGAUGACGCAUUCAUCUCCUACCGGACCGGGCAGUAUAAGCUUCACUUUUACGAAACCCCGCCAACCUUCGAUUCGUCAUGCUCACCGACACGGGCUCCAUGA